AUGCCUACCGCCAUGGACAAAGCCCUGCAGUCGCGAAACCUAUUUUUUGGUUUCACGGGUUUAGUGGUGGGAGCGAGUCUCUGGAAUAUGUGGAAUGGAGAGAUGUUUCCUGCCGAGAAGGACGCAACUGGUGAUCCGGAGACUUGGACCGAGACGGAAUUGAGGCGAUGGUUGAAGGCGGCCAAGAAGCCAUUCUAUGUGACCACUCCGAUCUUCUACGUCAACUCGUCUCCUCAUGUUGGCCACUUGUAUUCUAUGAUCUUGGCCGAUAUCUUCAAGAGAUGGCAGCUUCUCAAACGUCGACCAGCACAGCUUCUCACAGGCACGGAUGAACACGGCGUCAAGGUGCAGCGAGCAGCUCAGGAGGCCGGCUCCGAAACACUAGCGUUUUGUACCAAGCACGCAGAGCAAUUCAAGCUGCUUGCAGACACGGCCAACAUCUCAUACGAUCGUUUUAUGCGAACCACCGAUAGCGAUCACAAGGAUGCAGUCACAUAUUUCUGGCAAGAGCUGGACCGUCAAGGCUACAUCUACCAGGCUAAGCACGAAGGAUGGUACUGUGUCAGUGAUGAGACCUUCUAUCCCGAAAACCAGGUGCAUGCCAUUCUCGUGCCUGCUACUGGCGAGAAGAUUAUGGCUUCGAAGGAAACAGGCAAAGAAGUGACAUGGACCUCCGAGACAAACUAUCACUUCCGCCUCUCAGAUUUCCGAGAACGACUUCUGAAGCAUUAUACCGACAAUCCUGACUUCAUCGUCCCUCGCGAGAGGAUGAACUUCAUCAUCAAUGAGGUUGAGGGCUUGAAAGAUUUGUCUAUAUCACGACCCAAGGAGAGGCUGUCAUGGGGCAUUCCAGUCCCAGGCGACCCCGAUCAGACCAUGUAUGUCUGGUUUGACGCCCUCAUCAAUUACAUCACACACGCUGGUACCCAAUUAACCAUGAAAGCGGUUGUUGGCCGCCAGAAGUACAGGUAA